AUAGUCAUCGACAAUGGACAUAUAAGUUGCGACUUGUGAUCCAAAAUUGAAAAUUGAAAUAGAAAUCUUGAAUGUUUUAAUUUUAUGAGUAGUUGUGAUCGUAUUUUUUAAUUUAUUUAUAACUUCUAAUAGUCGGUGUUUGUAGUAGAAUCACAAAUAACUUAAAAUAUCUAAGAAGGCAAAUCCAUUUAUAAUGGCUGGAAUCAAAGGACUAGUGUCUUUAGCAUUUGCGGGAUCAAUUGGAAUGACAUUUGUCAUAUUAGCAUGUGCCUUACCACAAUACAAAUUAUGGUGGCCGUUCUUUGUUGUGUUGUUUUACAUACUUUCCCCAAUACCUACUAUGAUAGCCCGCCGUAGUGGUAAUAGUGCAGGAGGCAACAACUCACCUUGCAUGGAAGCUGCCGUUUUUAUCACAAUGGGAAUUCUAGUCAGCUCCUUCGCUCUGCCCAUUGUAUUGGCUCGAGCAGGAGUGAUCUUUUGGGGAGCGUGUUAUCUAACUCUAGCUGGCAACAUUAUAGUAUUUCUCACUAUUCUUGGUUUCUUCACAAUCUUUGACAUGGAUGAUUCAGAUUAUGCAAUGUGGUGAGAAAUCUAGAAACCAACAUAUAUGUUGCAGAGAGACUUGAACUUGGCGGAUUUUUGUAUAAGCUAAUAAUUAUAUGUUGUGUUAAUAUAUUAAUUUAAGUCUGAUUUAUGAUACUGAUGUUAGUAUGUAGCCUUAUAUUUUUCUUCCGUAUUAGUAUUUAUAAAAAUUGUUGUAUCUACAUAAUUCCACAUAAAAAUGUAUGAAUAAGAAAGUUAAAAUUUGAGAUUCACGUCACUUAAUUAGAAUAAGAAAUGAAUAUCUGUGUAUUUUUUUACAAGCUUAGACUAACAUUAUUCAUAUUGUUAUGAAUAGUAUGAAAUAAAAAAACCCCUAUAAAUUAAAUGUUUAUGGCGUAUAUAGCAUUCAAAUCUUUGAAUAAAAUAAUUAACAAUCUAAUGUUAACUGAAAACAUAUACUAAGAGUGAAGCCUGCUUCUAUUUAAAUUAUGGCUUUUUUACUCACUAUAUUUCUUUGCUCAAAAUAUGGUGUAUAGUAUGGUGUUUACAUGUAACAAAACAUCUGGCAACACAUUGAGGAUCAUUGUCUUUUGUUAUGGUUAUUGAUUGAAAUCUAUAAUAUUCAAUAUAUAUUUUUAAUAUACUUUGUAACUAACAACUUUGGUCAUUGUAUCAGGAUCAAGCACCGCCUGAAAUUGCUUUUUUAAUAUAAUACAGCAAUUAAUUUCAUAAUUAUAAAUAUAUAACACUAAAAUACUAUCAAUAAAUAUGUGACAAAUAAUCACAAAAGCAGCUAACCAAUUGUGCAACUAUCAAACCAAUAAUUCUUUCAUUAGUUAAUAAUGAAUGCGUUUAAUUUAUUUUUAAAUUUACAUCUUUUGAUAUUGAUAAUUUCAGAUACCUAAUUAGAAGCAGUGGUAAUAUUCUGCAAGACUCAACUUAUCAGAUCCAACUACUGAAUAUAAUAAGCAUAGGUUGAUUAUAAAAUGUUAAGGUGAUAAAAUUACUUUCUAUAAAUACCCACUUUGUAUUGGGAUUUAAAAACUAAUAACAAAGUAAUUAUUAUUAGCUAUUUUCUAAUAAAAAUGAAGGCUAUGAAUCUGUCUAGCUAGAAUAAAUGGUUAUCAAUUUGGUGAUGUAAAAAAAUGAAUGUUGAAUUUAAUGUGGAAAUUAAUUUUCCUUGUAAAAUUAUUACAUUCCCAUUUGGAUACUUUGUAAAUAAUUAUGGUAAUUAAAACUGGGUCACAAUAAACAUUGUACUGAAUGCUUGUAA